CUGUGUCCGCACGUCUCAUGUCAGGCAGUCACACCGAGCUGUAACGACGGUCCGUGUAUUUCACAACUACGGGGUGAGUGUUACAGGCGGCAGAUUAGUGGGCCCCACAGGGUGAGUAUUGUUGUUGCGGGUCAGCCCAGCGGCGUACAUUCUAACAGAUGCUGGCCAGUGGUUUGACAGUCAGUGAAGUCGUAGCACUAUACUGAGAACGCGGAGCUGAAACUGUCCGUUCCCCGACAGAGCUCACAUUCUCACAUUUACAUACGUGUACAGAAGGCAUCAACAAACGAGUCAGCAACCAGUCCAAAGAUUUCGUCGCAUUGGAAAAUUGCUCAUAAAUUCCCAUCAUGUCCCUGACAGUUUUCACCAACCGAUUGAAACGCAGCGUAGGCGUUGGUGCGCUUGGAAGAAAGAUGAGAAUGGGAUCACGAAGCAGCUGCAUGUAAUUAUCACUGUCUGAUGAUUUCUUUGGUAGUCCAUAGCUGAAUAGACAAAGGGGCAUGUUUGGUAAUAUCAACUGACGUGCCUCAGCUCCAGCCGAAAAUCACAUCGCAUUGGGUAUUACAUUGGAUAGUCGUGACACAAAGUCAGUCAGCUGCCGCAGUCGUCACCACCACAGUCACGUCGCAUGGUCUCUUCACUAUGUGUAACACAUCGAUCCGUCACAAGGUAAGUGGAUCAGUCCAUUGCCCAUCGUCCACUCGCCAUGGUAAGCGGUUGUCUGCCUAGUGCGUGGUUCACAACAGACAUGGGCAAAACUAACGGUCAGAUAGUAAGUUACGUCACGACGAAUCCUAAACGCCUCGACGUCCUAUCACGCAUCAUACUAAAUAACGAGAGGACCAUCAGCCGUAACGUUAGUCCAUAAGCACCGCUGGCAAGAGAGCUACCUGCGCUACAAGUCUGUAGAAAUCCCGUGCGUAACAAUCCGUCAGCUGUUAACUGUAGACAAGUCAGGAGAAGUAACUUACUCGGUCCUUACCACUACUGGUCAAAAGUUGCCAACGGACUAGUUGGCAAAAGGUUCUAAGACACAAGUCAACAAAAAUAUUACCAACUAGCCAACAAAAUUGCUUACCAACUAAGUAACAAAAACUAACUGCGUAACAAGAUGAAGUCAACUACAUGACAAGUAAAAACGAGGAUGAUUUAUCUACCAAAGCGGCCUACGCAGAACAAGAUGUGUUCAGCAGCCACCAAAGAUUAUCGUGUGAGCAUUGUCUGCGGCGACAUAUCCGUCUACAAGUAGUAGCUGCACCGGCACACGCCUACGAACUAGCCGGUGUUUCUGACGUGCAGCUGACAGUGACGUUGGGCCAUGUCCACUGCUCUUUUCAGAAAAAAAACUCCCCUUUAUAACAUGCAGCAGCUGUCCCAAUCUCAAACAAGCACUGUCACGGGGCGGCUGCAUAACAAGCACACAUAACAGCGUUCAAAUGUCCGCGCAAUAAAUAACAAGCGUGGCCGGCAGUGUUACGGCUGCAUAACACACAUAAAUACCGUGACCAAGAGAACAACUGCGGGACCACCGUUCCCUUCACUACGAGUCUUUUUUCUUGCGGUAUCCUAUCAUGCGUGAACGAAGAUAUCUGCCGUUUGCAAGGGUUUGGAGACACCGAAUUUAAUAUUUGAGCGCUUUACGCAGCCAUCAACUUGCGGGCUUCCCUGGAUAAUGACACGCGCGUGAUUCUGCUAGCAACAAGGCUCUCUAGCAUUUGAGCGCCUUAACACUUUUAAUGAACCCCAUCUUUGCCAGCAAAAAACCUCUGGAAUAUCGGAAUAUCAGAUGCCAAGCUUUCUUGGCGUUACGUUUGGGAACACUAAAUGUUAAGCCUUCUCGCUCAGUCCAGCAUUUAACUGUUAUCUGACGGAGCAUGUAGUUACCUACUUACGGGGAACUAGGUCUUCAGCUGCGUGAUUACCCCGCCCAGCAUUGUCUACGUAAGAUCGGUAAUGCAUGUCACGCACAUUCGUGUUACCAGGCAGGUUAGCGGUCGGAGGUCUGCAAUGCCAACAGGCGCUGGCAAUGUAGGUAAGUCCGUCUCUAGUCCGCUGUCGUUCGUGUUACGUGAUCGGCAGCCGCGUGGGGUCAGGAAAGUGAGGUCUGCAAUGCCAACAGGCGUUGACGAUUUAGGUAAGUCCGUCUCAAGUCCGCUGUCGUUCGUGUUACGUGAUCGGCAGCCACGUGGGGUCAGAAAAGUGAGGUCUGCAAUGUCAACAGGCAUUGACGACUUGGGUAAGUCCGUCUCAAGUCCGCUGUCGUUCGUGUUACGUGAUCAGCAGCCACGUGGGCGCGUGUCCGUCCAGUGUUAAAUAACGUCAACGGCUUGAUACGUCGGCAGAAGUCACCAGUCGUGGCAGCGUUAUCAGACCAAGUAUGUCACAAAACCUUGUCAAACACGUCAGAUAAAACAAUGCCAAGUGGGGUCAGAAAAGUCGUGCAUUUGCAAACCGACCACAGGCCAGACAAAUAUUGGUUACGGACUUUUAGCUGACCGUGAGACAGGCUGGUCUGAUCAAGCUUUACUUAAAGCUACCUAAGUCACAGCAAACAACCUAAGAAAACAGGCCAAGAACAAAGAAGACAAGCCACGAGCGCCAUCAUCGUCCGCUAUCCCGCUACGUUGCCGUCUGAUCAAAAAGCCAUUGUCAUUUCGUCGCCACUCGGGCUAUUGGUGGUACAUAUUCGUCCGUCUAAGUGGCCAAUGGCGUCGCGUCUCCCUCCAUCUAAAUGACCAGUGGCGUCACGUCCCCAUGCGGUCUCAUGACCAACGCGUCACGUCUCUGUCCAGUGAAAUGGCAAAUUACGCCACGUCUCCAUUUGGUCAAAUAACCAAUGGCGUCACGUCUCCGUCCGGCCACAUGACCAAUGGUGUCACGCCUCCGUCCGGUCACAUGACCAAUGGCGUCACGUCUCCGUCCGUCUAAAUGACAAAUGGUGUCACAUCUCCGUCCAGCGAAAUGACAAAUGACGUCCCGCCUCCGUCCGACAUAUGACUAAUGGCGUCGCGCCUCCGUCCGGCCAUAUGAUUAAUGAGGGGCUACGUCUUUGUCCGGUCAAAUGACCAAUGGGGGGUCACGUCUUUGUCCUGUCAAAUGACCCAUGGUGUCAGGUCUCCGCCUGGUCAAAUGACUAAUAGUGUCACUUUCCGUCCGGUCAAAUGACCGGUAGUGUUUGACCGAGCGGUAGUUGUAUCACCAAUGAUGUCACCCCAAUCAUCCCAAGUUGUAUCACCAAUGCUGUCACCUCUCUGUCCGGUCAAAUAACCAAUGGUGUCGCGUCUCCCUCGAGUUAAAUGGCCAAUGUGGUCACAUUUCCGUCCGGUCAAACGACCGAUGGCGUCAAAUGACGUGGUCAAAGAGCCGAUGUCGUCGCACCAUCCACUGGUCAGAUAAUCAACGGGAUCGCUUAAGCAUGUGGACCAAUGACGUUACAUUAUCGGAAGGCCAAAUGGCGAAGGCGUCCCGUCGCCGUCUGAUUACAAAGGUAACUCACCACAGCGCGAAUAAGGGGCCGACGUCUGAAAACAUCGUCUAAUUACAGAGGUCAGUCCUGUCACUGUACGGAUAAGGGGCCGAUAUCGUCACGUCACUGUUUGAGUACAGAAGCGAAUCACGUCACUGUACGGAUAAAGGGCUGAUGUCGUCACGUCACUGCCUGAGUAUAGAGGUCAGUCACGUCACUGUGCGGAUAAGGGGCCGAUAUCGCCACGUCACUGUCUGAGUACAGAGGUCAGUCACGUCACGGUACGGAUAAAGGGUCGAUGUCGUCACGUCACUAACUGAGCACAGAGGCUAGUCACGUCACGGUACGGAUAAGGGGCCGAUAUCGCCACGUUGCUGUCUGAGUACAGAGGUCAGUCACGUCACGGUACAGAUAAAGGGCCGAUGUCGUCCCGUCACUGUCCGAGUACAGAGGUCAGUCACGUCACGGUACAGAUAAAGGGCCGAUGUCGUCACGUCAUUGUCCGAGUACAGAGGUCAGUCACGUCACGGUACGGAUAAGGGGCCGAUGACGUCGCGUCACUGUCGGAUUACAGACGUCAAUCACAUCACAGGACGAAUAAGGGGCCGAUAUCGUCACGUUGCUGCCUGAGUACAGAGGUCAGUCACAUCACGGUACAGAUAAAGGGCCGAUGUCGUCACGUCACUGUCUGAGUACAGAGGUCAGUCACGUCACGGUACGGAUAAAGGGUCGAUGUCGUCACGUCACUAACUGAGUACAGAGGUUAGUCACGUCACGGUACGGAUAAGGGGCCGAUAUCGCCACGUUGCUGUCUGAGUACAGAGGUCAGUCACGUCACGGUACAGAUAAAGGGCCGAUGUCGUCACGUCACUGUCCGAGUACAGAGGUCAGUCACGUCACGGUACAGAUAAAGGGCCGAUGUCGUCACGUCAUUGUCCGAGUACAGAGGUCAGUCACGUCACGGUACGGAUAAGGGGCCGAUGACGUCGCGUCACUGUCGGAUUACAGACGUCAAUCACAUCACAGGACGAAUAAGGGGCCGAUAUCGUCACGUUGCUGUCUGAGUACAGAGGUCAGUCACGUCACGGUACGGAUAAAGGACCGAUGUCGUCACGUCACUGUCUGAGUACAGACGUCGGUCACGUCACGGUACGGAUAAGGGGCCGAUAUCGUCACGUCGCUGUGUGCACAAAGGGUCAAUGUUGGCAUGCCACGGUCCUGGUAAAGGCCACGGUGGUCACGUAAAUGUCCUGUCAAAGGGCGACGUUAUCACACCACUGUCCUUGUCAAAGAGUCAAUGGCGUCACGUUGCAGUCUGAUCAAAGAGUCAGUGACACAAGGCCGUCAGGGCAAAUGCCUAACGGUGUCGCGUUACACUUCGGUCCAAUAGCCAGUGUCGUCACGUCGCCGUCUGGUGACAGGGCCAAUGUGAGGGCAUCGCCCGGUCAAAUGGCAACAGGCUUAUGUCACAGUGAUCAACGAGCCGACGACGCCUCGACACUACACUGUCAAAUGUCGAAUGGCUGCAUGUCAACGUUGGGUCCGAUACUUAAUGUCGUCACGUCAUCGUAGGAUCAGUUAGUCAAUAGCUUCACGUCACUGUCCAAUCAAAGGCGGAUGGCGCUGUGUCACUGUCCAGUCACCGGACAAUGGCUUACAUCACUGUCUGGUCAAAGGCCAAUGGCGCUACGUCACUGUCCAGUCAAGGGUCAAUGAAGCCGCAUCACCGUCCAGUCAAGGGCCAAUGGCACUGCGUCACUGUCCAGUCAAGGGCCAAUGGCACUGCGUCACUCUGCAGUCAAGCUCCGAUAGCUUCACAUCACUGUCUAGUCACGGGCCAAUGGCGCUGCGUCAAUAUUCAGUCAAUGGCCAAUGGCGCUGUGCCGCUGUCCAGUCAAGGGUCAUUGACAUUGCGUCUACGUCCAGUCAAUAGCCAAUGGCGCUUUGUCAAUGUCCAAUCAAUGGACAAUGGCGCUGUGCCACUGUCCAGUCAAAGACCAAUGACGCCGCGUCACUACUUGGUCUCUGGUCCACCAGAAGAGUCAAUGAGACGUCAACCCGCUGUUUGUGUGAAGGAAUAGUGCACAUCACAAGGCGUGAGCCCCUUAGACCACGUGCUGUUAAGUCAAACGUCACUAUAGUAACGAACGAAUGGCAAAGCUUUAGUCCGGUCACAGGAUGUCCAGCGUACGGCGGGGUUGCCUACAUGGCGCUUGGUAAAUGUCACAAAACACCGGCUAGGACCGUCUGGCGCGGCUAAAGUAACCCAGUCUAGUCUAGCGGGUCUGAUCUGGUAUCACUAGAAGGUUGCACUGUUCGUUUUCAAGCGAUUGUCAGCAGCUGGUCGGGUCCAGCAACACCAGCGCAGUAUCACUAGCCGAUCGUCAGUGCCAAAAGCGAGUGCGACUUACGCGUACCAAUCAUUUGCCGCUACCAGGGCAGGUCAAGUUCUGCCAGCCACAUGCCCGUGAAAGUUCAGGCUAGGCCCAACUAAGCCGAUAAAGACACAGCUGACAGUCACACUACAUUAUGUCAGGAAACACAGACGGAAAGAUACCGUCAAACUGAAACGUUGUUGCCUCCCUGUGCGGCGAGGUCAACAUAUAUCAGUCGAGCGUCACUAGCGGCCUCCCAGGUCAUCUUUAAUCAGUCAACUGUCACUGAGCCGGUCACAUCGUAUGUCAAGCUCGUCUGUUGUCACUGGGCCGGCCGGGUGAUGUGUCAGGCACGUCCGUUGUCACUGGGCCGGCCACACCAUAUGUCAAGCACGUCUGCUGUCACCAGACCGGCCAGGUGACAUGUCAAGCACGUCUGUUGUCACUGCCUUGUCAGUUUCGGCUGAGCUGAUCACCUAUCAAAUGCCAUUGUCUGGUCAGCUCACGCCAACGUAGUUAAAUAUCAACGGGCGAUAGCCAAACAAUGCCAAUCAAACCUCGUCAGCGUUGGCACAUCAGGUCAAACUCGGACAGUCAUUCGUCACAUGCAGAUCGUGUGAAACUGGCAAGGUCAGGCUGUCACUUGAAUCCCAGGUUUAACCAGUACGCUCAAGCGUGGCUAAAAGGUCAGCUCAAACUUAGAAGGUCAAAUCACACUUCCAGAUUAUCUUAACAGGCAUGCCCCCAUUAAAUGGCGCUGUUCACUAGUUCAAAUAAGUUAGUCCGAUGCCAUUAUCAGAAUCAACGAAAUUCCAACCGUAUUAUGCAGUCUCUCAUAUCAAUGACCAUUUCGGUGGCAGGUAGCAGUCAAGUUCCAUAAGUCAAGAGCACGUCAUUGCAAGACCACACCGAUCGUGAGCCAUUAGGCAGUCGGGUCAAACUGUUGAGACCAGUCAAAUGUCGCUAGGUGGUCGACACCAAUUACCCAGUCGACUGUUACUAGUUGGUCUGGUCGAAUCAUAUCAAUCGAACGGCAUUAGUUGGUGGCGUCAAGUUAUAUAGUAUAUGUCAUUUCUUCGUCUGAUCAAACUCUACCAGUCAUAAAUCAGUCGGCCAUGUCAAACUGCACAAGUCAAGCAUUGUGAAGUCACCAACAUCAGGCUGAUCACGCUACAUCUAAAGAAAGUCAACAGCUAGUCGCCGAGUUCGUCCACACCAUGUAUGUCUACUUGAAACAACCUGAACAUGAUUCUGGCGUUACGAGUUGAUCAAAUCAAUUUGGCCUGGUCGAACCUUACCAAUUGGUCCAGCGAAAUUACACCGUCCGCAUCCAGUCGGUCGCAACAAACUGUACGUCAGUCAAGUGCCACUAGCUGAUCAGAUCAAUCUAUGCUGGUCAAACGCCACCAGUUGGUACAGUUGACACAUUACUAGUUAUUACACUUUCCACGUCCAGUCUGUCGCAGCAAACUGUGCAUCAGUCAGACGUUACUGGUUGAUCAGAUCAACAUACGCUGAUCGGACUUCGCCAGUUCGUCCAGCUGGUCCACCACCAGUCAUUACACUGUCCAUGUCCCAUCGGUCACAAAAAGCUGUGCACAAGUCAGGUGUUGCUACUUUAUCAGAUCAGCAUAUGAUGGUGGAAUGCCACCAGUUGGUCCGUCACUAGUCAUUACACUGUCCAUGUCCAGUCGGUUGCAGCAAACUGUGCAUCAGUCAAGUGUAACUAGUUCAUCAGAUCAACAUACGCUGGUAGUACGUCACCAGUUGGUCCAGCUGGUCCAGUUGGUCCGUCACCAGUCAUUACACUGUCCACGUCCAGUCAGUCACAACAAACUGCAUCAGUCAGGUGCUACUACUUCAUAAGAUUAGCGUAUGAUAGUCGAACGGCAGCAGUUGGUCUGUCGUUAGUCGUUACACCGUCCAUGUCCAGUCGGUUGCUAUAAACUGUGCACCAGUCAGACGUUACUGGUUGGUCAGAUCAACAUAUGCUGGUCAGACGUCACCAGUUGGUCCAGUCAAAUUGUGCUAUGCAUGUCCAAUUGGUCGCAACAAACUGUGCACCAGUCAAGUGUAACUAGUUCAUCAGAUCAACAUAUGCCGGUCGGACGUUACGAGAUGGUCCAGUUGGUCCACCUCCAGUCAUUACACUGUCCACGUCCAGUCGGUUGCUACAAACUGUGCAUCAGUCAGACGUUACUGGUCGGUCAGAUCAAGAUAUGUUGGUCGGACGUCACCAGUUGGUCCAGUCAAAUUGCACUGUCCAUGUCCAGGUCCAUUGUCACAACAAACUGUACAUCAUUCAGGUGCUACUGGUUCAUCAGAUCAACAUAUGCGGUAGGACGUUACGAGUUGGUCCAGUUGGUCCGUCACCACUCAUUACACUGUCCACGUCCAGUCGGUUGCUACAAACUGUGCAUCAGUCAGACGUUACUGGUUGGUCAGAUCAACAUGUGCUGGUUGGACGUCACCAGUUGGUCUAGCCAAAUUGCACUGUCCAUGUCCGGGUCCAUGGUCGCAACAAACUGUGCAUCAUUCAGACGUUACUGGUUGGUCAGAUCAAGAUAUGCUGGUCGGAUGUCACCAGUUGGUCCAGUCAAAUUACACUGUCCAUGUCCAGUUGGUCGCAACGAACUGUGCAUCAGUCAGGUGUUACUGUUUGGUCAGAUCAACAUCUGCCGGUCGGACGUUACGAGUUGGUCCAGUUGGCCCGUCACCAGUCAUUACACCGUCCACGUCCAGUCUGUUGCUACAAGCUGUGCGUCAGUCAGACGUUACUUGUUUGUCAGGUCAACAUAUUCUGGUCGGACGUCAACAGUUGGUCUAGUCAAAUUGCACUGUCCAUGUCCGGGUCCAUGGUCGCAACAAACUGUGCAUCAUUCAGACGUUACUGGUUGGUCAGAUCAAGAUAUGCUGGUCGGACGUCACCAGUUGGUCCAGUCAAAUUACACUGUCCGUGUCCACUUGGUCGCAACAAACUGUGCAUCAGUCAAGUGUUACUGGUUUGUCAGAUCAACAUAUGCCGGUCGGACGUUACGAGUUGGUCCAGUUGGCCCGUCACCAGUCAUUACACUGUCCACGUCCAUUAGGUUGCUACAAACUGUGCAUCAGUCAGACGUUACUGGUUGAUCAGAUCAACGUAUGCUUGUCGGACGUCACCAGUUGGUCCAGUCAAAUUGCACUGUCCAUGUCCAGUUGGUCACAACAAACUGUGCAUCAGUCAGGUGUUACUGGUUGGUCAGAUCAACAUAUGCCCGUCGGACGUUACGAGUUGGUCCAGUCAAAUUGCGCUGUCCAUGUCCAGUUGGUCGCAACAAACUGUGCAUCAGUCAGACGUUGCUAGAUGGUCAGAUCAACAUAUGCUGGUCGGACGUCACCAGUUGGUCCAGAUUGUCCGCCACUGGUAAUUAUGCUGCCCAUGUCCAGUCAGUUGCAACAAACUACAUCGGAAGCGCUACCAAAUGGUCAUAAAAACCAAAACUGGAGACUCGAGUCUCCGGUUGGUCUGAACACGCUAUGCGUCAAACAUGUUAGUCAGAUCAAAUAUAACCGGUCGAACGUCGUUAGCUGGUACGAUCAUACCAGUCGGUUGUCUCGACAUAGUUGGUCAAGUCACGCUAUGCCAGACGUGUGUUGCCAGUUGAUGACACCGAACUUCCUAGUCGCGUGUCAGCGGCCGGGCGGGUCAGCACUGCGGCCGCCGAUUGUCAGUGUUGGCCAGGUCAAACAUCAGUCCGGUCUCACUCGUUGGUCAGAUUAAAAUACAUCGGGGCAGUGUCAACAAUGGAUGUGAUCACAGCAUGCAAGCUCAAUGACCCUGUUGGUCAGAUCACACUGAUUCGUCGAAUGUCGCCAGCUGAUCGAAUGAAAUCACACUGUCCCUGUAUCUUGCUGAUUUGAUCAGCAUUAUCAGUCGAGUAUCACUAAUCAGCCAGAUCAAAAUACACUAGUAAAGCGUCAUGAGCCGAUGAACUCAAACUGGAUCCGUGGAGGGCAGCGUCACUAGUCGAUCAGUCUCAAAUACGACAGUCGAUCGCUACUAAUUUGUCAAAUCAAACCAUACCAAUUAAGCUUCACUAGCUCCAAAGCGAAAACUACAUCAGUCAAAUGUCAGGAUUUAGCGAGCUUGAACUACACCCGUCGAAUGUCCGUUCAAAUCAAGCUGCACCCGUCAAGCAUCGUGGGGCGGUCAGGUAAGACUACACCGGUCAUGUGUCAUUAAUCGACAGUCGACCAUCGUCGUGGGAUGGUCAGGUAAGACUACACCGGUCAUGUGUCAUUAAUCAACAGUCGACCACCGUCGUGGGACUGUCAGGUAAGACUUCACCGGUCAUGUGUCAUUAAUCGACAGUCGACCAUCGUCGUGGGACGGUCAGGUAAGACUACACCAGUCAAGUGUCAUUAAUCGACAGUCGACCAUCGUCGUGGGACGGUCAGGUAAGACUACACCGGUCGUGUGUCAUUAAUCGACAGUCGACCAUCGUCGUGGGGCGGUCAGGUAAUACUACACCGGUCAUGUGUCAUUAAUCGACAGUCGACCACCGUCGUGGGACGGUCAGGUAAGACUACACCGGUCAUGUGUCACUAAUCAACAGUCGACCAUCGUCGUGGGACGGUCAGGUAAGACUACACCGGUCAUGUGUCAUUAAUCGACAGUCGACCAUCGUCGUGGGACGGUCAGGUAAGACUACACCGGUCAUGUGUCACUAGUCAACAGUCGACCACCGUCGUGGGACGGUCAGGUAAGACUACACCGGUCAUGUGUCACUAAUCGACAGUCGACCAUCGUCGUGGGACGGUGAGGUAAAGCUACCCCAGUCAAAUGUCACUAAUCGACAGUCGACCAUCGUCGUGGGACGGUCAGGUAAGACUACACCAGUCAAGUGUCACUAAUCAACAGUCGGCCAUCGUCGUGGGACGGUGAGGUAAAGCUACACCAGUCAAGUGUCAUUAAUCGACAGUCGACCAUCGUCGUAGGACGGUAAGGCAAAGCUACACCAGGCAAGCGUCACUUAUCGACAGUCGACCAUGUGAAAAUACUAGACAAGGGUAACUAGCUGGUCGUGUGAAUAUACCACAGUCAAGUGCCACAAGGUGGUGAUGUAGAACGAUCCAAGUCGAGUUUCAUCAGUCAGUUAGGUCGAGCAGUAAAUGCGCCCGUGCCAAGCACUCAUUGUGACCACGGCGGCACAAGAUGGCUAGGUCGAAUCACGACAAUUCAGAGACACCUGUUCGUGAGGCUAAAGUAACUAGUCAAGUGCCACUACCUGCUUAUAUUACGCCGUACAUGUCGCUUGUCACUAGUCAUUAACGUCAAAACCAAAACUUGCGGGGUCGUUGUUGGUCAGCACAAACCAUACCAGUUGACUAUUCCUAAUUCAGUACGGUGACAUUACGCCAACCAGCAUCAAUUACUGUACAGGUCAACUCAUACAUGUCAAGUGUCACUAGCUGGUUAGAUGAAGCCAAUGCUCCCGUUUAUGCUCGCGUCACUAGUUAGGUCAAACUGUGUGCCCAUCGCAUGUUGAGAGACCCGCUCCAAUGAUUUACCUCAGUCGUUGUCGCUGGCUCUUUAUGUGAAACAGGACGGUCAUUGGUUAUGUCCGGCUACAUCAGACUACAAAGGUCACCAGUCAGGUGCCCGGCAUACUUGACACCGUAUCAUUCAAGUGUCGGGCAGCGCCCACAUUACACCCGGGGUCUGAGACAGAUGUUCAGUAGUCAGCAGAUCCCAAACCUACGUCAGGUGUCAAAUGUCAUGGUCAGGCAUCUGGUCAGGUCAAUGUCAGGUCAGGCACAGUCCUCUAUCUGUCCUCAUCUAAUAGUCCUCGUAGCAGGUCCAGGGCGAAAUUCAGAUGUCUGUCAGUCCUCAUACUAGGUCCGGGACGCAAUUCAGAUAUCUGUCGGUCCUCAUACUAGGUCCGGAGCGUAGUUCAGACGUUUGUCAGUGUUCAUACUAGGUCCGGGGCGAAAUUCCGAUGUCUGCCAGUCCUCAUAUUAGGUCCGAGGCGUAGUUCAGGUGUCUGACAGCUUUCGUAGUAGGUCCAGAGUGCCAGUCAAGUGUCUGGAAUCCCCAUACUAGGUCCAGGGCGUUACUCAGGUGUCUGACAGUCCGCAUAUUACGUCCGGAGCGUCAGUCAGGUUUCUGACAGCUAUCAUCCUAGGUCCGGGACACGAUUCAGGCGUCUGACAGCUAUCAUACUAGGCCCGCGACAUGAUUCAAGUGUCUGAUAGUUACAUACUAGGUUCGGGGCGUCAUUCAGGUAUCUGACCGUCCUCAUACUAGGUCCGGGGUGUCAUUCAGAUAUCUGACCGUCCUCAUACUGGGUCCAGGGCGUUAGUAAGGUGUCUGAAAGUCAUCAUCAGGUCCAGAGCGUCGGUCAGGUGUCUGACAGUCCUCAUAUUACGUGCGGAGCGUCAGUCAGGUUUCUGACAGUCCCCAUACUGGGUUCAGAGCAUUUGUCAAGUGUCUGACAGUCCUCAUACUAGGUCCGGAGCGUAAGUCAGGUGUCUGACAAUCUUCAUGAUACAUUACUAGAGCAGAUAAGUAUUAAAGGUGAGUUCGCAGUCCAGCGCACAACAGUUCUCAUACCAGAUUCCUGACACCAGCUGGAUAUCUGACAGUCCUCACACUAACUUACCCGGGCGAGAUAUCGGCCAGUUCUUUCAGUGGACCUGGUGCCUUAGCCACGGUCAUGGAGCCGUCUCAUUACACCUGGGACCUCAGUCAGAUGUCAGGGAGCCGUCUCACUUGACCUGGGACCUAAGUCAGAUGUCGGGGGGCCGUCUCACUUGACCUGGGACCUUAGUCAGAUGUCGGGGAGCCGUCUCAAUUGACCUGGGACCUCAGUCAGAUGUCGAGGAGUCGUCUUACUUGACACCAGGACCUCAGUCGGAUGUCGGGGAGCCGUCUCACUUGACCUGGGACCUCAAUCAGAUGUCGGGGAGCCGUCUCACUUGACCUGGGACCUCGUCAGAUGUCGGGGAGCCGUCUCACUUGACCUGGGACCUCAAUCAGAUGUCGGGGAGCCGUCUCACUUGACCUGGGACCUAAGUCAGAUGUCGGAGAGCCGUCUCACUUGGCCUGGGACCUUAGUCAGAUGUCGGGGAGUCGUCUUACUUGACACCAGGACCUCAGUCAGAUGUCGGGGAGCCGUCUCACUUGACCCCGGGACCUCAGUCAGUUGUCGGGGAGCCGUCUCACUUGACCUGGGACCUCAGUCAGAUGUCGGGGAGCCGUCUCAAUUGACCUGGGACCUCAGUCAGAUGUCGGGGAGUCGUCUUACUUGACACCAGGACCCCAGUUGGAUGUUGGGGAGCCGUCUCACUUGACCUGGGACCUCAAUCAGAUGUCGGAGAGCCGUCUCACUUGACCUGGGACCUCAAUCAGAUGUCGGAGAGCCGUCUCACUUGACCUGGGACCUCAGUCAGAUGUCGGGGAGCCGUCUCAAUUGACCUGGGAUCUCAGUCAGAUGUCGGGGAGUCGUCUUACUUGACCUGGGACCUCAGUCAGAUGUCGGGAAGCCGUCUCACGUCGACCUCGUCACUUGCGUUCAAUGAGCGGUCAGACUGGCACUCAUGCUUUAUUCCGUCCAACGAUUUGAACAACCCUGAAAGCUGUUUCCAAGCCUGCCAGGAAAACCGCGCCCAUGUAUGGAUGGGCGCAUAGGCAAAGUGGCUACGCGCUACCUGAUUCCAUAUGCUCACAUACUAUGACCUAAUGGCAAGGGGCUUGUAAUGUCUGCGCGUCCACUAGGCGAGGCAAUCUGCUCUGCCGCAUCCAACGCACGAGCUAAACAAUGGUUUCGCAUGCUCGUGGAAUGGUGAAGUACAAGUCACCUGAGCACAGAGCACCGCGUGAUCGCCUCACUGUAAAGCACAACACCUACGUCUUAAGAACAAAAGUCGGCACGUCGUUGGGCGGAUCGUUGUCAGCACAUGUUUCCGGCAGUCGGCACUAGUCGGGGCGUAGUAUCUCGUCAGGGACCACAACAGUCGUUUGUCCUUCAGUUCUCCCCACAGCCUAGGCAUCAGGUGGGUGCUGCAUUGUUCGGCGCGUUCCACGUGAGUUGGAAACAGUGAAAUAUUGCUUUCAAGUUUAUCAAGAACCACGCACGAGCAAUGCAACACACACAGUCACGUCAUGUUUCGUCUGACACAGUUCACAUGUGCGUACACGCAAAAUUAAGGGGUGAUUUCGUCCGCCAAGGUCUCGUUCAGGUGUCCUGAACGAGGCUUUGGCGGAUAAACACAAUUGAGACUGUGGCGGACAGCACAGAAACCGGCCCGAUAAAGUCAGCCAAAACAAAGGGCGGUAAGGCUUCAGUCAUCAGUCAGCGUCAGAGUGCACGAGCUCGGCUCCAGUCGAGUCUAGGGCAUAUCCGUCUGGUCUCAUGACGACAUAUCCGUCUGGUAUCAUGGCAACAUGUCCGUCUGGUAUCAUGACGGCAUAUCCGUCUGGUGUCAUGACGGCAGAGUUUUCAUCACUUCCUGCAUGUAGGCAGGGAAACACUCAAGCCAUUUGUAUAUUGGUCCAGCCUCAGGAGAUUUUAACACAAAAGUCACGUUCUGGUCGGAGUAUUGGGCUCUGACCUGAGUGUCAGGUUCUGUUCUGAGUGUCAGGUUCUGGUCUGUAUGUCAGGUUCCGGUCUCGAUAUCAGGUUCUGGUCUGGGCGUCAGGCUCGGAUCUAGGCGUUAGGUUCUGGUCUGAGUGUCAGGCUCUGAUCUAGGCGUCAGGUUCUGGUCUGAGAGUCACUUUUCGCAUACGCGUCGGACUGGGGCACACAAGUAUUCGCACGUCGUCCCAAGUGUAGCAUCCGGGCAACACGGACACAGCUGCGUGUCAGUCGUCUCGAACAAAUCGGCCUAUUGUCAGGUCACAGCUUUAUCAGUCGGGUCUCAGGUGCGUCAGAAUUAAUGUUGCGUCAUGUGCAAAACCGUCAGAUUUUGUUGACAGACAGACCGGUGGCCUAUGCGUGAGGUCGAGCAUGUUAUGUCAACGUUCUGUCGACCGGCUAGGUUGGCACAAAGAGGACAACACUAUAAUUUUGACUUGUACAUGUUCGAGUUGUUUAAGGGAUUGCCAAGCUUUCGCCACAAAAUUCUGUCGCUGACCUGAGACUGCGCGAUCGGAUGACAGGGUUCAGAGCUCACACAACAACCACUGCUUAGCGUGAGCUGGUAUCCCAGAAAUCUGUCCAUUCAAAAGCUCUGAGUUGAAUGUUUUAAAAAUAAAAAGGUGGGUUUCUGCAAAGUCAAACUUGCAUAGGAAGUUCCCAUUCUGAGCUUCUAAUGCUAUUUUUCCUUCUUGUAACAUUCUUAUAGGCAAUUCCCA